CUCUCUUACUCUAGACCACUACCAGCUCAGCGGAAUACAAGUGGGGGAUGCUCAGUGAGCCAGUUCAUUUUCCAGCUCGAACCAAGCGACCAAACCACUAAACCACCAAGCCACACCAAGAGGAGCCUCCGCCAACGCACCAAGCCACCUCCUCUCCCAUCUUCCCCUCCUCCGUCCUGCAACAAUGCGUCUACUCAAGGCCUUUGCUGGCUGCUUUGGAGCAGCCCUGCUGCUGUUGGGGGCAGUGGUGUCCCAGCAGCUCGCCCUCACGGCCGCCCUCCCGGCCGCUCCCAUCAACGCCAACCACGUUCGCACAUCGUGCCCACCGAUGUGCCGGCCAAGCAUCUCGGCGAACUCCACGAUUGUGCCCGUCCCGGGCGACCGCGCUGCCGUUGCGUUGCUCCCCUGGUUUGGGGACUGCGACCCCACGCUCACCACGUUCUCGUUCCACAUUUCGUGGUCUGAGUCCUCGACCACAUCAGGCACACUCCCCUUCCUGAAACAAGUUCACGAGCUUCAUCAGUAUGCUGAGAGCGCGACGUACACGAUUGAUGCCUCCUACUGCUACUCCCCUAAGGAGGGCUGUGAGAUGUGUUCCACGCUCUCCAAGGUCAUCACCGUGUCUUGAGUGAGCUGAGCACAGGAACACGGUGCUUGAGCCCGUCCUCCGCAGCGCACCACUCCAUGCGCUUCCCUCGAUUUCUUCCCCCCCCCCCCUUCCUGUCUGCCUUUUUUCCUGUCCUGCGCUUUCUUGCCCCACUCCCUUCCCUUCUUUCACGCCGCCUCCGCCCCCUCUUCCUCUCUGCUGCUUCUUCCUCUCUUCCCCGCGCUGUUCCUUCCCUUCUUUCACACCGCUUUCUUCUGUGUUCUUCUCCUGUUCUUCCACUUCUUCCCUUCCUCGAUCUUCUUCUUCUCCUUUCUCUCUUCCCCGCCUCCGAUUGCGUUUCUCAGCACAAUAAACACGUGAUUUG